UCCACAAUUUUGCGGUGAUAACUAUGACAUAUAACAGCUGAUUCGUGACGUCACGGAUCUUAUAACCAAACUGAUAACUACACUCGCUUGAACGGAUUGGUAAAUACCAAGCCAAAAUGGUAAAUACCAUUUCCAUUUGGUUAUCCGCUUGAAUUUGAUUAUUGUCUUAUUGACGUUUUACGUUGACAAUGACAAAUGUCAUUACCGUUUGUUUGAGGUUAGGUUUGAUCAAAAGGCGUUUGCAAACAUUUUUAGAAAUUGCACCUCAAAUAAAUUAAAUUUGUCUGCACACAGAGACCUAAUAUACACAUUCAAGAUGCCGCGAAUUAUGAUAAAGGGUGGUGUAUGGAGGAACACUGAGGAUGAAAUCCUUAAAGCGGCUGUAAUGAAAUAUGGCAAAAAUCAGUGGUCCAGAAUUGCCUCAUUGCUUCAUCGAAAAUCAGCUAAACAAUGCAAAGCGCGAUGGUUUGAAUGGUUGGAUCCCAGUAUCAAGAAAACUGAAUGGUCACGGGAAGAGGAUGAAAAACUACUACAUUUGGCCAAGCUGAUGCCGACUCAGUGGAGAACCAUAGCUCCUAUCAUUGGCAGAACCGCUGCUCAAUGUUUGGAGAGAUAUGAGUAUUUACUUGACCAAGCUCAGAAAAAAGAAGAGGGUGAAGAUGCUGCAGAUGAUCCAAGAAAACUUAAACCUGGUGAAAUUGAUCCCAAUCCUGAAACUAAACCUGCCAGGCCUGAUCCUAAGGAUAUGGAUGAAGAUGAACUGGAGAUGCUGUCUGAGGCUAGAGCUAGAUUGGCGAAUACUCAGGGGAAAAAGGCGAAACGGAAAGCGCGCGAAAAGCAGUUAGAAGAAGCACGCCGAUUGGCUGCUCUGCAGAAAAGGCGCGAAUUGCGUGCCGCUGGGAUAGAAGUGGCUCAGAGGAGAAAGAAAAAGAGAGGUGUUGAUUACAAUGCAGAGAUACCUUUUGAAAAGCGCCCAGCUCUAGGCUUCUAUGACACGUCAAACGAGGCGCUGGAUCCUAUGGCGCCCGAUUUCUCGCGGAUGCGGCAGCAGCAUCUCGAUGGAGAAUUGCGGAGCGAGCAGGAAGAGAGGGAACGCAGAAAGGACAAGCAGAAGCUGAAACAGCAGAAGGAGAAUGACAUCCCACAAGCGAUGCUGCAGAACAAGGAACCGGCUAGGAAGCGUUCAAAGCUAGUGCUGCCUAGCCCGCAGAUCACCGAUGAGGAGAUGCACCAGGUGGUGAAGCUUGGCCGGGCCAGUGAGGUAGCCAAGGAAGUGGCGGCCGAGAGCGGUGUCCAGACUACAGACGCGCUUCUCAACGAUUACACUGUCACGCCGCAUGCCACUGCCACGCCGAGGACUCCAGCUCCUCAGACUGACAGAAUUCUUCAAGAAGCUCAGAACAUGAUGGCACUGACGCACGUGGACACUCCGUUGAAAGGAGGUUUGAACACUCCUCUGCAUAACUCUGACUUCAGUGGGGUGAUGCCACAAACCCUAACUGUCGCUACACCAAAUACAGUAUUGGCCACGCCCUUUAGAUCUUCAAGAAGUGAUGGAGGAGCCACACCAGGUAGCACGCCAGGAUUUGCGACACCGCGUGCCGGUGCCACCGCCCAAUCAGGUGCCGUGACACCUUCCGUACGUGACAAGUUGAACAUCAAUCCGGAAGAGGGCGUUGUAGCGGUGGCAGACACGCCUUCCGCGCAUCGCGCUCUUCAGGAUGCAACGCGAGACCAGCUGCGUAGAGGACUUGGGCAGCUGCCUCAACCCAAGAACGACUACGAAAUCGUAGUUCCGGAGCAAGAUGGAACGCUUGACGAUGCCGAGCAGAAUCAACAAGAGCAGAUGGUAGAAGAUCAGGCUGUAAUUGAUCAAAGACUGUUGGAAGAACAAAAAGCAAGAGAAGCUAGAGAGCUGGCGAAGCGAUCGCAAGUUAUCCAAAGGGAGCUUCCGAGACCUGCCGAUGUCAAUUUAUCUGUCCUCAGACCGCCUCAUGAAAGCUAUUCGCUCACGGAAUUGCAGAAGGCAGAAGAACAGAUAAAAACAGAGAUGGUGACUAUGUUGCAGUAUGAUAAUUUGAAAAAUCCAGUGCCCACUCAAAGCAAGAGGUCUACAUUGUCACAAGCUCAACAGCUAGCCUAUUUGGAACAGCAUCCUUAUGAAGAUUUCGAACCCAAUGAUUUGGAUACCGCAAAGAAUUUGUUGAAGAAAGAAAUGGAAUUUGUUAAGCACGGGAUGAACCACGGCGAUCUGCCUCUGGAAGCCUACACGCAAGUAUGGCAGGAAUGUCUGGGGCAAGUACUCUUCCUUGCUAACCAGAACAGAUACACGCGUGCCAACCUGGCCAGCAAGAAAGACCGUCUAGAAUCGGCCGAGCGCAGAUUGGAACAGAACAGAGCACAUAUGGCACGAGAGGCUAAAAGGGCCGCCAAGAUGGAGAAGAAAUUGAAGAUUAUCACCGGCGGCUACCAGUCCAGGGCACAGGCGCUAAUCAAGCAGUUGCACGAUAUGUUCGAGAGCAUUGAACAAGCCGAGCUGGACUUUAAUACGUUUAGGUUCUUGCAGGAACAAGAGAGGGUUGCACUGCCUAGGAGGAUACAGUCACUUACCGAAGACGUAAACAGGCAGAUGGAAAGGGAAAAAGGAUUGCAGAUGAAGUAUAGCGAGUUGCAGACGCAAAUAAGAGAGCUACAGGAGCAACACGAGCAAAUGCAGGCUCAGUUCACACCAAGCGAGACGCAAGGAUCACAGUCUGAGAUGUUCAAAGACCGUCAAAAUGAAGAAGAAUAUUCAGGGCAAGAUGAACAGCCGUCGUCUAGCUACCCGGAGCAAACUGAUCAGAACGGUGAUGCCGUGACAUCCACUACAAAUGCGGAAAGCGACAUGGAGGUGGAUAGUUCCGAUCAGACUGUUCAAUAAUACGAGGUGAUUUAGCUUGCAAAAUUAAUGAUUUGUUAAGUGUGCUGCUUUCAGGGUAUACUUUGUGCGAAUUUGCGUGAAUGAGGAUAAUUACUAUAGUCGGAUAUAAUUCGUUCUUUCUGUCACUUCUGCUGGGUGUACAUGUAUCGCGGUCAGCGGUCGUUUCAAAUAAUUGCAUUAGAUUAUGCCAACUGUUACGCAUCUGUAUCUCUUCAACAUGCCAAGCGUCACAGCCAUUUGUAACAUGUUGCAGGCAAACAAAUUUCAUAUCAGUAAUUGGAAGUAUUACGAAUUUGGACUUUUGUUGCGUAACAAUGUCUGAGGAAUGUAAAUUGACAGUUUGUUUUGUUUUAUAUAGGUAACACUUGAAUUUUCAGUAAAAAUCUGGCAUUUUUCAAUUUAACAAUCUGAAUAUUGAAGGACACUGAAGUUAUACGAUAUAUCAAAUUAGAGUUCACUGUAUUGGUUCGAACUCUAGUAUUCGACUGCCCCAAAUUAAAAUGAAUUAUUUAUUUUUGCCAUGCUCCAACAAGUUGACUAGAGAUCCUAAUUUGCAAUAUUUACUUCAUUUCAGAAUAGCAAUCUUUAUUAUUUUUGUUUUGCAUAAAAAUUGGUUUUUGACAUAUCAGAUCAUCUAAAAUCCCAUACAUUACGAAAUGUCCAUUAUAUAUUGUCAGAUCCAUCGUAUCGUUAUCCACUCCACUUACAUUUUAUCAUUUGUCCAAUAUUUCUGGGGAACAUCAUUAAAUUUUGUAGGAUGAUUUCCACCACUUCCAUUUCUGGGAGGCAAGUCCCCAUGUGAUGAUGCGAAUUGAAUUCACACCGUGAGUAGAUACAAAAUGGUAUUGGUCCUCUGCAAUGACAAUACGGAGGAAAAUUUCAACUUGUAACCUUGUAACCUAGCAAAAAUGUGUCUAUAUCUUCCCUCCAUUAUGCUAGGUUGCCAGCGGCUAUUUUAUGCUACUAGCUAAAGUACUGUUUGAAUGCAUAAUGUUGUUUGUAACAAGAACUUUGAAUGACUAUACAUAAUAUGACAAAUGGCCCAAACUGACCACCGUUAAGUACCCAGCUGUAUCAACCUUAAUUUGGCUCAAAAGCUUAGCCAAGCGUAUCGGAUAUUCCUUUGAUGGGAUGACGAAAACCGACAAAUGGUGGUUCGGGUUACACCGCAUGCCAGUCAUUUGGUGCAUUCGAUGCCCUAAAGUGAUAUAAUCUAAAUAAUUUCGUGGUGUAUAGAAUUCCGGAUUAACAUUACGUGUGGAUGAAAAAAUUGGAUGAAGGUACACUAGUUCUUAAAUUGCCUUUUUCAUUUUGUUCCAGUCAAACAUUUGUAGAUUUAUAAGUUUAGAAUAAUGAAAUUGAAUUGUAUUUGCUAGUUAUAUGAAACUGAUGUUAUGAAAAAUAAAACCUUUUGAAAAUAUAAAGAAUGUACAAUUUUA